AGUCCUGUGGGGCCGCAGGGCUGAGAGUUUCUCCUCCGCUCCUCAUCCCUCCAUCCCGGCCCUCCUCUCAAGCGCUCUUUGGGGAAAAGAAAAAAGACACUUUGCUUCCUCGCGCUCGAUUCGCCGUCCGGACCCGGCGCUCUUCUUCCCCUCCAUUUCUUGUCCUCUGAGGAUUUUAUUUUUCUUUUUUCUUUCGUUCUUUCGUUUCAACAUGUCGGCAGAGAAGUUUUUAAAAACCCUGAAAAUAAACUGAGAGAAGAAAUCUGUGAAAGUUCAGAGACUCAGCAGAACAAUAAAAACCUCCUUUUUUCUUUCUCCUCCUCCUCCUGCUGCACAGAUCUGUUUCUCCUCUUUUCUCCUUUUUUCCCGUCCUCCUCCCGUCCUCCUCUCGCUCCGUCCUCUCCGGCUGAUUCGAGACUUCGAGGCGUUUGUCAGAAACCGUCUUCGUCCUCAGAGUUUUUCUGGACUCUCCUCCUCCCGAUCACUUUUCUUCUCCUGCCGCCGGAGUUUUUUCCUCCUUCUUGACUUUUUCUCUUCUUCUUGAGUUUUUUUCCGGCUGUUUUGCGGUCGUGGUCGAGCCUCGGCGUUGGCGGUCGUAGCGUUGGGGCCCCGCAGAUGUUUGGGAUCCAGGACAACCUGCCCCGCGGGGCCACGGCCGGCAUGAAGGAGGAGCCGCUGGCUGUUCGCUCCUGGAUGCACUCUGCCGGCGUGGUGGACGCCAACACGGCUGCUCAGAGGUAAACUCACCGCCGAUCAGUGCCGCCCCUGAGGGAUUCUGGGAGCUGUAGUCCCCACGGACAAGCGGCGGCUCAGAUAGCGAGCUCAGAUGAAGAGGAGGCGGCUUCAUAGACGAGUCCUCUGCAGUUCAGAGAGACGCCGACAGCUCCUCCGAUUUCUGUCCCUCAGAUUUAAAGAUUUAAAGAUUUUUCUCUCCAGUAAAAUUUAAAUUUAUGAGUUUUUGUUGUUUGAUGAUAAAAUUAAACUGAUUCGACUUUUUUAGAUUUUCAUUCAGGAAUAAAAACAAAGAGGUUUGUGAUAAAAACAGAUUUUUUAAACGUUCAGCCGAGUGUGUGAGACAACGACGACGACGUCUGCAGAGAGAGGCUGAAGAAAAACUCAGAGAGAAAAAGUCCAAAAAUAAUUUAAUAUCUGAGAGUUUCAAUCCUUUAAACAUUUUUAUCUUCAUGGUUUUCGAGUCUGAAGGUCAGAAUUAAAAUCAGAGUUUAGAGUCCGAGUGGACCGAGUCCGGAGACGGACACGGAAAAAAAAAAAGGUCUGUUUAGAUUUUUGAGCUUCAGUUUCUGCAGACGAACAAAAACAAACUUUUAAAAUAUUUAUGAAUAAAAUCAGAGACACGACAGCGAGGGAGAGACGGAGUCGGACUGAGAGACUCUUUUUUUAGAGCCGUGAAGUUUGAAGGUCGAAUCUCUGAAUCAGGAGGAUUUACCUCGAGUUCACAAAGUCCAAAUAAAUAUCAAUAAAAAUCUGAAAUUAAAAUAAAGUUUAAUGAAAAAAGAGCAGAGAGGACGCAGCCAUCACCUUCUUCACCUAAAUCCUGUUUUCAGAACUCUGAACAGACGGACGAAAAAAUCACCGAAAAAACAGAUGAAACCAAAAAACUAAAGACGCUUCAAACAGAGAAACAGAUUUUUACUCUUUCAGAAUUUACUGUUUUUUAAUAAAGUAAAGAAGAAGAAGAAGAAGAAGAAGGUUUUAGAAACAGAUGUGAGUGUUUGUUUGUUCAUGAAAGUCGAUCAGAAGAGCCGACAGAGAAAAACUCUGAGCUCCUCAAAAAAACUGAAGAAACACGAGAUUUCACUCCAAACCGGUCUGCUCACCGCAGUCAGUGUUUCAUACUCUGAUAAUUUAACCUGUCUCUACAUUUACUAACCUGAGUUAUUAUUCUAUACUCUGAUAAUCUAACCUGUCUCUAAACUUACUAACCUGAGUUAUUAUUUUAUUAUUUUAUACUCUGAUAAUCUAACCCGUCUCUACAUUCACUCACCUGAGUUAUUAUUUUAUACUCCUAUUAUUGAGCUCUCUUUCCCUCAAACAUCUAAAAUAUCAUUUCAGUGAUUCAGAAAUCUCAGCGGCUCGGAGUCGAAUGUUUUUAAUGUUUUUAAUGUUUUAAAUGUUUUUAAUGUUUUUGACUCUUUAAGAUUAAAAAAAUAAAAGGAGAGUUUUUGGAAAAUCAACUCUUUAAAAUAAAUUCACAGAUCGAUUGGAAAUAUUGGGACAGUGAGGAGGUUUCUCUGUGAGCGUCUGCAGACUCAGUGUUUAAUAUUUAACAUCCACAUAUUUCACUGUUAUUACAGAAACACACACACACACACACACACAUUAAUUUACUUUAAAUAAAACUUUGAGUCGACGGUUUAAAGAGUGAAAUAAUUUUAAUCUGUCAAACUUUAUCGACACGGUUUGAGUUUUGGUGAUUUAAUUUAAUUUAAUUUAAUUUAAUUGUUUUUAUUUGUUGAUAUUUCAGCAGAAUGAAGAGCGGAGCUCCAAGUUUAAUUUUUUCACAAACAUUCAGAUUAAAAAUUUCAUGAAUAAUAAAGUUUAUUUCUGCGUUCAGAUUAAAAUAAUUUCUGACCGACUGUAAAACUGCGGCGCUGCAGACUCAUCAUCAUUACACAUAAAUAACAACAUUAAUAUCAUUAUUUACAUUUAUUAAAGUUAAUAUCAGUGACUCACUCUGAUUUUAUUAAGACUUGACUGUCACUGCUGUCCGUUAAUGUUUAUCCUCAAAGUAUAAUUAAUACUAAUUAUCGUUAACGUCAGUAUUUAAGAACAUUUAUCAUCAUCAGUAACGUUAAUUGAAAUCAGACUAUAAAGUUUGAUUAGUGUGUAAGAGAAUCAUCAUCAUUAUUUUUAUCAUUAUUAUUAUUAUCGUUAUUAUUAUCAUUAUUAUUAUCAUUAUUAUUAUAAUUAUUAUUAUUAUUAUUAUUAUCAUUAUUAUUAUUAUUAUUAUUAUCAUUAUUAUUAUUAUUAUUAUCGUUAUUAUUAUUAUUAUUAUUAUGAUUGUAGUUAUUAUUAUUGUCAUUAUUCUUUAAACUCUUGUUUUUGAGCAGUUUUCAGUUUUUCAUCUUAAACUCGUUCUGAAAUUUUUUCUCUUUGUUCAGUUAAAAUUUAAAAAACGACAUUCAGACGAUUUUUUCUUUAUAUUAAUGUUUCGACACUUUAAACUGCAGAUAUUUAUAUUUGUCAGUGUAAUAAGGACGAGUGUGUGUGUGUGUGUGUGUGUGUGAGAGUGUGAGAGUGUGUGUGUGUGUGUGUGUGUGUGUGUGAGAGUGUGUGUGUGUGUGUGUGUGUGAGUGUGUGUGUGUGUGUGUGUGUGUGAGAGUGUGAGAGUGUGUGUGUGUGUGUGUGUGAGAGUGUGAGAGUGUGUGUGUGUGUGUGUGUGUGUAGAUGAAGGUCAGAGGUCAGUCCGUCUCUGUCUGAUGAUGAAUAUGGAUGAAAGAGUGAAUUUAGACGGAGCCUCAGAGAGUCGCUGCUCUUCUCCUCACAGUCAGUCAGUCGACGAAGAGUUAAAAAGGCCUGGAGCCGAGAAUUCAAAACAUCGAUUUUAACAACUUCAAUCUACACUGAUAAACACAACAAAACAACACAAACAACAAAAACAACACAACACAAACAACAACACAACAAAACAACAAAAACAACAAAACAACGAAAACACAAACAAAAUCAACACAAACAACAAAAACAACACAACCAACAGAGAAGACGACAAACAAACCGACACGACGUCGUGACGUCAGUCCUGAUCCAGACGACCACGGUCGAAUCAGAAGGAGUAUAAAGAGGAGGAGCUAGAGAGGAGGCGGACCUCGGAGGUUUAAUAAGAACAAAUGUUGUCACCUGUGUUGAUAGGACGGUUUCAGGUGAUCAGCUGAUCAGUUAACGGGUCAGGGUUCGACUUUUAUUGAUCGUCAGUCUGAAGAUUCAGAGGGAAACAAAGUUUAACUGAUGAAGUUCAACAAAACUAAUGACUACACCUGUCUCUGUCUCCACCUGUCUCUGUCUCCUCCUGUCUCUGUCUACACCUGUCUCUGUUCCUCCUCCUGUCUCUGUCUCCUCCUGUCUCUGUCUCCACCUUCUCUGUCUCCACCUUCUCUGUCUCCACCUGUCUCUGUCUCCACCUUCUCUGUCUCCACCUGUCUCUGUCUCCACCUUCUCUGUCUCCACCUGUCUCUGUCUCCACCUGUCUCUGUCUCCUCCUGUCUCCGUUCCUCCACCUGUCUCUGUCUCCUCCUGUCUCUGUCUCCUUCUGUCUCUGUCUACACCUGUCUCUGUCUCCACCUGUCUCUGUUCCUCCACCUCUCUGUCUCCUCCUGUCUCUGUCUCCUUCUGUCUCUGUCUCCACCUGUCUCUGUCUCCACCUGUCUCUGUCUCCUCCUGACUCUGUCUCCACCUUCUCUGUCUCCACCUGUCUCUGUCUCCACUUGUCUCUGUUCCUCCACCUGUCUCUGUCUCCACCUUCUCUGUCUCCACCUGUCUCUGUUCCUCCUCCUGUCUCUGUCUCCUCCUGUCUCUGUCUCCACCUUCUCUGUCUCCUCCUGUCUCUGUCUCCACCUUCUCUGUCUCCACCUGUCUCUGUCUCCACCUGUCUCUGUUCCUCCUCCUGUCUCUGUCUCCUCCUGUCUCUGUCUCCACCUUCUCUGUCUCCUCCUGUCUCUGUCUCCACCUUCUCUGUCUCCACCUGUCUCUGUCUCCACCUGUCUCUGUUCCUCCUCCUGUCUCUGUCUCCACCUGUCUCUGUCUCCACCUUCUCUGUCUCCUCCUGUCUCUGUCUCCACCUUCUCUGUCUCCACCUGUCUCUGUCUCCACCUGUCUCUGUUCCUCCUCCUGUCUCUGUCUCCUCCUGUCUCUGUCUCCACCUGUCUCUGUCUCCACCUGUCUCUGUCUCCUCCUGUCUCUGUCUCCACCUUCUCUGUCUCCACCUUCUCUGUCUCCACCUGUCUCUGUCUCCACUUGUCUCUGUUCCUCCACCUGUCUCU